GACGUCGGGCACAGCGGAAAGCAGCAACAGCGGGCCCAGCUCGCACUCAGGCGAAUUCCCAAUUCAAUUUUGCGUUGAACACAGUCAGUGAUAGUCGAGCAGCCGUCGAAUGCGGUCAGUUUUUCGUUUUCGUCCGAGUAGGGUCGUCUCUGUAUUUUUUCAUUAGUCGCUAGUGGACUUAGUAUCCAUUCAUCUCGUCCAUAGUGCGGUAGACUUAGUUUGGUUUCAGUCCACUCGGCCGGUUCGUUUGGUUCCCGUCCGCGGCUCCAGCGCAACGUCCUUUCUAGAGUAGUUUCGGCCUCGCCAGACCCUGAACGGAGGAAUUUUUUUUGAAAUUUUCACGGCCAGGACCUUCGUACGGACCUGUCGACCCCGAGACUCCUUUGAUAUUUUGUGCGUUGACUGAUUUACUGCCAACGAGGAAGGUGUUUUCGCUCGCGCCUGUGAUAAUUCACAAGUGCCGAAUUAGAAUUUGAUAGUGCGGGCGUGGGUUCUGAAAAGAUUUGAGAUUUUUAGUGCAAUUUUGUGCAAUUGAAGGAAAUAGAAGAAAUUCAGAAACGGAGAAAUUGAGUGAGACGGAAUUUGUGUGAUUUAACGAUUUUGAGAUUUGAUUUGUUUAUGAGAUCCUGUGAGGUGUCAGUAGGGCCCCUCGAUCUCGUCCUGACUUUGAAGAAUUUUUCCGGUGACUUUUCAACAAGUGUUGCCUGCGAGCGCCCCAGAGGCAGGAGAUUGACAAGACUCGCUGGGAAGGAUCUGACCUGAGCUGCUGCGGAUAGUCGCCAGGACCUCCGUCCGAUGCCGGGACAAGCGCCGCUCCUCACCCGGACAACUUUAGAAGAUGAUCACUCACUUGGGAGCCCCAUCCCAUGGCCUGUGCCCCGAGUGUCAAGCGAAGUCCAGUAAGUCAGGAAGUCACGCGAUCGCGAAUAGUUAGCCACCGCGCUUGACCUGCUUCCCCCCAAGUGAACUGUCACCGAAAAGUGCAUUUACCUUGCGCGCCCACAACACUUCCGCUGUCACCGUCCGCGGCUUUUUUUGACAAUCCCCCGUGCAAAUCGCGUGAAACUGUGCCCACAAUUUGAACUCUUGAUCAAGCGGAUCCAAUCGCUUUGAGGAACUCGUGUCGUGAGUAGAAUUUUCCGCGUGGGAAAAUCCCAAGUCCAGGCCAGUCGUCCUAGCCUGAGCCAUUGCCGCUAGUGCAAUAUCUGAUCACUGCCUUUCACCCCUUUUCGCGGGCUUUUCACCUCCUGGAGUUCCCGUCACUCGUGGACCCAGCUGCCAGCCAAUCAGCCCCGAAUCGCGUUGCAAUUUUUCCUAAUUUCCGUGUGCGACUCCACACGCGUCUGUGUGCACAUCCAAGCGCCAACAAAUUUUCCGUCUUGGACAUCGCGAGGAAAACCACUGAAAUUUUCAAGUGUUUUCAUUGUAACUUGUGCAAAAAUAGAGCCACGUGCAAAUUAUUGGAUUAUUCGCGGGCCCGCUAUAGUGAGAGAAUUUUGCGUUGUACUUAAUAAACGUUGUCGUCGCGAUAGUGCAAACACCUUGUGACGAGCACCCACUGCCCAUAGUGCAGGUCGUCUUGGACUCACUGAAUCCUAGCUCCGGGAACAGGCUGUAGAGCAGCAACCAAGGACUUUUCAGGCGCCCCCACGAAGAAGUAAAUUCAUCAAAAUUACGCGAAUCAACAGCAGGAUUACCCAAUUCGCCAACAUGGUUCCGCAGCAUACGCAGGAUUCGAUGGUGGCAAUUUCGCGGACAAAUGGCCCCACAGCGGCCGGUCCUUCGGUCAACGGAGGACUUGGUAGUCUUAAUUCGACCGAUCCUGGGUCCCCUGCGGACGUUGGCAGGACUCUGGUCAGUGUGAAAUCAGAAGUCAUUUUUGGAUCACAACUUGUGGAUAAGAACUCCAGCACGCCGUAUACGGACGCAACACAGACAAAGAAGCACAGUCCGGGUCAUAUUAAACGUCCAAUGAAUGCUUUCAUGGUCUGGAGUCAAAUGGAGCGUCGUAAAAUAUGCGAGGUUACUCCCGAUUUACAUAAUGCUGAGAUCUCAAAAACUCUUGGUGCACGAUGGCAAACUCUUACAAAGGAACAGAAAGAGCCGUACGUCCAAGAGGCCGAAAAAUUACGUAAACUCCAUUCAAAAGAGUAUCCCGACUACAAAUAUCGUCCCAGGAAGAAGCAAGUGAAAAAUCAGAAAACUUCAAAUGGCACAUCAUCGGCAUCGUCUCCAAAUCCACAAAAUGGUGUAAAUGGUUCUGGUUUAACAUCAUUAAAACGUAGCAACAAAGGUAACAGCACUGCCAAUAGUAGUUCAUCUAGUAACCGAAGACAGCGUACCACCAGUCAAACAAGUAAUACAAGCGUUGUCGCGACUCCCAUCAAGACAGAAAGCAAAAAUGACACAAAUAACAAUGAGGAUUUCAAUAUGCUCACACCACAAUCACAGAUCAACUGGGAUUCAUUGUUGCGCGGUCAAAGCUCACCGGACUGCGGUGAGUUAUUCCAAUUCAAUCAACCCAAUUCGCCAGAAAGUGCAAGAAUUAUCGAAGACAACUCAAUGGUGUCUGGUGAUGCAAACGAUGCGAUUCUCUCGGAAAUUAGUCCCAAUAGUAUACCAUUACCAAUAGAUGACCAAUUUCUGGAUCUAAGUGAGUUUUUGGAUGAUGAAAUGCAAAAGAAUACGUCAUUUUUUAUAACUGACAGUGACAUGUCGGGAGUCGGCACGUCUAGUCCUUGCACAGGCGUCUUCUACACAGAGGAUAACUGCGAGGACGAUCAUAAACAUAUUGUAAACGAUGCCAAUCUAAAUCCUGCCAGUAGAUCCAGCCCGGCCAGAAUGUCGACUUCUAGCAAUUUUAUGUCAAUACCGCCGCAUGAAUUGCAUGCCACCCUUACGAUAGCCCCUGCCAUCCCUAAUGUCGGCGUUAGCAACGGAGGUGUGGAUACCUUCCCUUUCGGUCCAAAUCUUUUUUUUAACAAUUCAAAUGUGAUGAAUAUCGGAAGCACAGCAAUCACACCCGAUAUGCUGUCUACGCAAAUCAUGGACGACACAGAAAGGAUUCUUUCAGCACGUCAGGGUGUUAGUAAUGUGAUAGCGACUAAUUGCUACAGAAAUUCACCCGAUGAUCUCAAUUACUAUGAAAUGGAUGACAUCCAGUCGUCCAGUUCAGGUAGUCAUUUAGAAUUUGAUUGCAAUAGCAAAAAUUUUAAGGAUUUAUAUAAGUAAAUAUUAAAGCAAAUAUAAGGAUAAUCCGUACAUACAUACACACUAUAUAAGAUUACAUUGAAAUCCAUUUGGGCCGUACGUCUGCGGAAGUAACAUUUUUUACGAGAAGUAAUCUUAAGUUUUUUACUUUGUACUUUUUAUAUGUCCUUUAUAUAAUAGUUUCGUUGCAUCCUAUCGCAGGAACAAGAAUGUUAUUUUUGCCUCGGAAUGUAAAAUACUUUGCGUCAGAUACAAAUCAUUUGGUACGAGUGGCAGUGUACAGGCGCCGGCCGCGUACGCCCACCAACUGUCAUCACUUUUUAACAUUUCUUAAUAUUUAGUAGGCAAUAAAGAACUCUUAAGCGUAAGUGAGACUAUGACAAAUGCCAGGAAACUCUGAGGAAAAUAUUUUGACCGCAAAACACGGGAAUAAGUGGUCCAGGUCCCUUCAUUGGAGGAAAGCCAAAAACUUUCAUCCGCACUUUCUCCACUGCAAACCCUGCCACAUACCGCGGAUAUCGUCGUUUAACUUGUAAAGUAAAUAAUGCUCUGGAAGCUGGAAAUGUGAAAUGAAGCUGAUUAGGUUCGUAAUUUGAUAUUGAAACAAUUUGAUUUGUUGAUAAAAGUUAAUUCGCCCAAGAAAUGAAGAAAAAUCACAAAAAUAAACAAAAACCCAAAAAAACGAUAACAAGUCCUAGAUUGUCCCCGAAGUAAUUUAGUUUUACCUUCUUUCUUUGUAAUAUAUAUACAUAUAUAAAUACAUAAAUCUAUUUUAAACCAGAAACCGAAAUGAAGAACAUAUAAAGCUAGUAAUAAUAGGAAGAUAGGAAGAGUACUAUUAUGUAAGUGUAUAGUUAUGUGUCUUGUUGAGUCGUUUUUUAUUAUUAUUAUCUAUUAUUAUAUUAUUACUAUUUACCUAUAAGAAGUCUUUUCUAUUAUAUACAUUUUUAAAGUGGAAGAAAAAGAAAUUAAGAAAUCCGAAUUUUAUACAUUAUAAAAAAGAAUAUAAAAAACACUUUUUUUUAAAAAAAGAUAGAGAAAAAACAACACCACACCUCAAUUUGAACAUAUUCAAAAAUAAAGAAGCUUUAGUUUCGAAAAAAAA